GAUGGCCGGGCUGGGAGCGCGCAGCGUCCUGGUGACCGGAGCGAACCGAGGCAUCGGCCUGGAGCUGGUCCGGCAACUGCUGGGCAAGCCCGACCCGCCGCGAUGGGUCUUCGCCUGCAGCCGGGAGCCGGACGGGGAGCGCGCACAGGAACUCAGGAAUCUUGUUUCCAGAUAUCCAAACCUUGUGAUGGUGAAGCUAGAUGCUACAAGUUCCACAAGUGUUAAGGAUGCCGCGGCGUGCGUGGAGAACCACCUGAAAGGGUCGGGGCUGAAUUUGCUAAUAAACAACGCUGGCAUUUUUAAAGAUGUGGCGUUGGACAUGGUGGACGAGGAAGACAUGAUAAAUGGAUACAAGACCAACGUGAUUGGGCCACUGUUAGUGAGUCAGGCUUUCCUACCUCUGUUAAGGAGGGCAGCCCAAGGAAGCUCAACGAAAGGGCUGAGCUGCAGUAGGGCAGCUAUUGUCAACAUCUCCUCCGCUUUGGGCUCCAUCGAGUUGGUACCUCUCAGCUAUGUUAAACCUGCAAUUCCGUAUCGCUGCAGCAAGGCCGCUCUUAACAUGCUGACCAAGUGCCAGUCGGUGGGUUACAAGGAGGAUGGGAUUCUGUGCACGAUCAUUCAUCCAGGAUGGGUGAAGACCGACAUGGGCGGCCAGGAGGCUGACCUAACCGUGACCGAGAGUGGGCAAGGGAUUCUGGAUGUGCUUUCCAAACUCCGUGAUGAACACAACGGCGCUUUCCUUAGCUGGAAGGGAAGCAAGAUGCCUUGGUGACAU